AAACGUGUGUGCCAGUGCACUGGUGUGGUUCACUGAGCAGCUCUGCGCUACAAUGAAAGCUUUUGGCACGGAGAGCUGCACCCGGCUUUGGAUACAGAGACGAUGAUACUUCAAAUCAUUGUGAUGGUUUAAUCCUCUCAUGGGAUUUGUUUAGGAAAGUUCUUGAUGACUUUAUUUCUAAGUAUGUAGGAAACACAGGUAAACAGUAGAGGAAACAAAUCCUGACCUGUUCUUCCAUCUGUUCAGUUUGCAGGCCCUAAAUAUGUCCGAGCACUAAACUUGUAAACAUGCCCUGCUCUGCCUUAGCCCACAGCAGCUUUAUUCACACUUUCUGGUGAUGUAGAGCCUCCGAGUGUUUUUAACAUUGGUCUGUUUAAAAAUGAUUGAUUGAUUCCCAUCCCACUUUUCUCGCGAGAAACCAAAGGUCAGGUCUCCUGCAGUCCUGGCCAUAACGGUCCAAGUCUGGUCGAUGACGUUGCACCCCUGCCAGCCAAUAAUGUGAACGGUAAACAGUGCGUGUGCAGCUGUCACAAAGCCUGCCCACCUCGCGACCCUCCGGCAGCCGUCAGCAGACCUGAAUUAAAAGUCACUUGCAUUACCAUAGGUACAAUUUAUUUCUUUGUCACGUGACAGCAUAGCUGGUUAAGGUGAUAUAAUCCAGAAGCGUCUUCAGCUACAAUGACAGAUCAAGUGAAGGAGCUCGUUUCAAAGUGCCUGCAGGCUCGGGACAAGGCUUACUGUCCAUACAGCCGCUUCCCUGUCGGUGCGGCCGUGUUGACAGCAGAUGGCGCCAUAUUCACAGGCUGCAAUGUGGAGAAUGCAUCUUACGGACUGACGGUGUGUGCCGAGCGGACUGCCAUCCAGAGAGCUGUGGUGGAGGGCCACAGACAAUUCCGCGCCAUCGCCGUGACAUGUGACAUCAAAGACCGCUUUGUUGGACCAUGCGGAGCGUGCCGACAGGUCCUCUUGGAGUUUGGAUCAGACUGGACUGUAUACUUGACCAAGCCGGACGGCUCUUACAAAGAAACCAGCCUCAAUGAACUGUUGCCUUUAGCCUUUUCCCCAUCACAUCUAGCUAAGAACUGAUGAAACCUCAGCGAGAUCCUUCUUUGGCUGAUCUUACAGUGACAUGGCAAAAUUAAGGAAUUAAAUAAAUAAAAGUAAUAUACUCUGUAGACUUCUAUCACCUUUGAAGUUGUUUUACGAUAAAUAAAUAUAAAUGUGAUGCCAGGCUUCCCAUAAACAAUAAAGCUUACUGUUUUAAGCGUC